AGAGCAUUGAGUGGCUGUGGGCCGGAGUCUGGGAAUUACACCGGGAAAUGUAGUUCAUUCGCCUAUCUUCACACAUUGAGACUCCGCCCUUUUAAACUACGUUUCCCGUGAGCGCACCGCGGCGGGUUGGAAAGCGUGCGGAUAGUGUUGCAGAUUGUAGUCUCCCAACAUGUCGUCUGGCUGUAAAAUCGGACCGUCCAUCCUGAACAGCGACCUGUCUCGCCUGGCCACAGAAUGUGAGCGCAUGCUGAGCUCAGGGGCUGACUACCUGCACCUGGAUGUGAUGGACGGGUGAGAGGGCUGGCUGGGCUCGGGGACCCUGCAAGGGAGGGCUGCAUUGGAUGUGGGUGCAGAGCAAUCAGUGAGCAUGGGGGACUACAGUGAGCAUGGGGACUCUGGGGGGUUACAGGGAACACAGUGAGCAUAGGGGCUGUGGGGGGUUACAGGGCACACAGUGAGCAUGGGGACUCUGGGGGGUUACAGUGAACACAGUCAGCAUGGGGGCUGUGGGGGGUUACAGGGCACACAGUGAGCAUGGGGACUCUGGGGGACUAUGGGGCACACAGUGAGCAUGGGGGACUACGGGGGCACACACGGUGAGCAUGGGGGACUACAGGGCACACAGUGAGGCAUGGGGGGGACUACAGGGCACACAGCGGUGAGCAUGGGGGACUACGGGGCACUGGGGCAUGGGGGACUGGGGGCACACAGUGAGCAUGGGGGACUACGGGGCACACACGGUGAGCAUGGGGGGGACCUCACAGGGGCACACAGUGAGCAUGGGGAACUUCUGGGGCACACAGUGAGCAUGGGGGGACUACGGGGCACACAGUGAGCAUGGGGGGACUACGGGGCACACAGUGAGCAUGGCGGGACUACGGGGCACACAGUGAGCAUGGCGGGACUACGGGGCACACAGUGAGCAUGGCGGGGACUACGGGGCACACAGUGAGCAUGGGGGGACUACGGGGCACACAGUGAGCAUGGGGGGACUACGGGGCACACAGUGAGCAUGGGGGGACUACGGGGCACACAGUGAGCAUGGGGGGGACUACGGGGCACACAGUGAGCAUGGGGGGGGAUACCGGGCACACAGUGAGCAUGGGGCGGGGGGUACGGGGCACACUGUGAGGCUGGGGGGCUAUGGGGCACACAGUGAGCAAUGUAUCUCCUUUCUGCACAAGGAUCACGGCCUAUAUCUACUAAUAGAAGGUUUGAGACCGAGUUGCAUGGGGAGCAUGCAUGGCAUAUGUGGUGGGCACCUAUGGUUUCAAUAAAGGCUGGAGGAGUGGUGGAGCAGAGUAGCCAUUUGUUGUACAAUUUAAAUAUUUGCCAGUCAUAUUCUAUCAGCUUGAUUAUUAAUAACUACAGGUAACUGCAGGUACAAUAUUACAGUAGUAAACAAUAGGAGACAUUAAAUUUACUUUGGUGCGGUCUGUUUUACCAACGAGUGACUCAGGCACAGUUAUUGACUUGUGUAUUAGGGAGACUUAAACUGCUUUCAAUAGCAAAUGUCUGUUAAAGUAUAAGCCUCUCUAUUCUUUAGUUUUUAUUUAUAAAAAUAAAGUGUUUCCUUUAUAAUGAGCCCUCUUUUCUAUAUCUUCCCAUAUAUAUUCCUUAUAGUUGCAACAUCUCUUAUCUUGGCUCAUGUAUCAGUUAAAGUUCCUUCAGAAUGUGAGCUAUGUAUGAAUAAUACUCUAGUGCUAAGCAUGCUCUGUUUGGUCUUGUAAUUACCUUUGCACCUCUGUGCCGUGUAAAGAUGUCAAACAAAUUUUAGUCUCACGUUUGCAGUUUUUCUUCCUGUACACAUAUGGACAUCUACAGGACGGUGAAGGACUGUAGUUUAGCACCCAAAUGUGCACUUUUGUGCCUAUAUUGAAACCUAAUUUGUGAGAAAAUACAUGAUAAUUAGAAUAGAAAAAAAAUGUAACAUCUAGUGUAACGGAUGUAUACCGACAAUUAUAAUCAUAACUGUAUUACUUUAGUCACAGGAACACUUUUAAACAUAACCCCCAUGAGUCUUUUCCAAUGCAGUCCUCACACCCCAAGAACAUAGCCCUCUAACUAUUGCUACAUAUACUGUAUUACAUGCCAUGUAAAGUUUACAUACCACAUUCUUUCUAAAUAUUUUAAUGAAAUAAUUUGUUUGUACAAUUCUGAUAAAGGAAGGGCCAAAAAUAGUAUUAACAGGGGCCAGUGGCGAGUUAAAAUUCAGCCCUGGUGAGUAGAAAUUCACCCCCAUUUAGGCUUGCAGGGGCUAGUAACUUUUAGGCUAGUAGUGUGGAACCUGAAAUGUUGAGGCCUCAUAUUAAUAAUAAAUGAUUUACACCACCUUUUAGUGCUGUUCUAUAAAGGAGUAUAUUUCCAAUGGAAGUGUUACAGGGCUAUGACAUGAGGGAGACCUUUACCCUAUUAGAAAGCCUCUGACCUAACCAGUUAGACAUUCCAUUAUACUUGUUUGUGAGCCUAACAGUGUAAAUCUUUGUAAUUGGCCUUUUCAGCUGUUUGGGGGAGUAGUGCAGUAUUUGUAAUUGGCCAAAGCAGCUGUGUAGGAGCAAUAAUGCCAUACUAGGAGUAGUAUUUGCUACACAUGCAGGCUUUGAACAUGCCAAGCACUCCCUCUAAACUAUAGCCUGCUGUAGUGGUUAUGAUGCCAGGAUACCCAAGGUAUAAGCCCACUUUAAGUAUUCAAACAAUCUUCACAUAGUUUUACUCUUUUCUAGGUUCGGCUAGGUCACCAAGCUGCUUCCAGUCUGCAAGAGCUGCCUGUAGCGGAAUCUGUGCAAGAUAGUUUAUUAAUUGGCUGAAAACCAUCAGUUGGCAACUAUUUUGCAAAAAGAUAAUGCCUGCCUUACAUAGCUCUUGAAUGUAGCUGUGGAAAAGUUGUGCUGAAUUGUAAACUGAAUAACAAAAAGUUAGACCAAAAAUAGCUGAUUUAGGCAAACCAAUUAUAAUCUUCAACUCUUCUACAGUCACAGCUCGGUUAUUUUAUUUUAAUAUGGUGUUUAGUUAGAAAGAUUUAAAAAGCAGCGUGUUUUUGAGUUUUAUGUUUUAUGAUGGAAUUAUUAGGGUGAAGUUGAAAUCUGUUGGAUAAUCCAUGUUUGCUUUAAAUCCAUCAUGUGCCUUCCCGUGCCAAAUUGUGAUUUUUUUUUUUUAAGGAGUGUUUCCUGUACAGACACACUGUACAUUGUCAUUGUAAGGGGAACGUGUGCAGUGAGAGCAGGGUACAGAUAAUGAUUUCAUCUCUGCUUCAAAGAGUCCAACCUUUUGAUUCCUCUUACUUGAAUUUGCAUUAAAGGGACUGUAAAAUGUAGAUGAUUGAGAUAUAUAUAUAUAUAUAUAUAUAUAUAUAUAUAUGUAUGUAUGUAUGUAUGUGUGUGUGUGUGUAUAUGUCUUUUGUAUAUAUAGUCUUGGGCCAAAUGCUCGCCACAAUAAUAUAUGUCUAUAUUAUUGAAAAGUAGUAAUACGCAAUCUGACUUACGGUUUAUUCAGGUUUAUUCUUAGUUACUCAUACAUAAUAAAACAUAAUAAAGGAUGUUACAGGAUAGUGGACAUUCAACAGCAGAUGGUAAUUGCUGCACUUCUGAUGGGAGAGUUACAUCGUUGUACAGAGCCAAGAGCCAAGCCAAGAGAGAGCGACCUUGUGUCCCUCUGUUACUAUAAAGAUGUGCUAAUACUAACGUCAGCAUUUAACUCAAGCCAUAUAAGGACAAGACCCCCACAUCCACAUUCCAGAGCUCUCGGACAAAGAAAGCCUUGUGACUUAUACCAUCUGUUACUUAUCUCAAUCCACUCAUCCAUAUAUAAUCAAUAGAAACAUAGAAUAUGCAAUAUUCUACAUGGACGCUAUAGUGCUAGGAUUGCAAGCUUCAUCCUCCCUUCUGUCACCUGAUUCCAGCGCCGAUAUCCCUCGAUGCUGGGUCAGGCUCCACAUCUGCUCCUUCCCCGCCCCACGUCACCUCGCGGGGUGGGGGACCUAAGCUUAUGCGCAGCUAAUGCCAUGCCUGCAUUAGGACUAUCCUACUGGAAAGUAUUUCUCAACGUUUUUCUAUGAAGUUUUAAAUGACGUUGGAUGUCUUCAUGCAGAGUGUGAGGACGUCUUGCGUCAGACGACCAAAAGUAGCCUAACCACCCAAAAGUCCUUCUGAUGUCCAAUCAUAUGCUUCUCAUUGAACUAGUGAGAACUGGUAGAGGAGUAGGCAAGGGGGGGAGGGCUUUCCUUUUAGGAUGCUUGGAGACCAGGAUGAAGAGAGCACUGCAUGGUGGUGAUGCUAGAACAUAAGCUGGGGAUUAUCUUCACUGUGUAAGGAGAAUGGAAGUGAGGUGACCAUUACAAAAGCUGAUUUACAACUGUCGCUAGCUCACAGUGUGUUGUGACGCAAGCAUCAUUUUUUGCACAGGACUAACAUUAGUCAGUCUGGAACAGAGUUCCGGGCUGUCUGUUACUUCUGCCGGGGUUGUAACUAGACCCCUGCACAAAUUACCGUAGCUAAUAUCUCUAUCUCUGUGUAGCGUUUCAUAUACUGCUUUGUGACCACUUAAAAAAGCAGAAGUAGCCAUGACAGUUGGAGUAACCCUUCAAUCAUUAUUUGCAGCAUCUAAUCCUCCUGUAUCUUCCUCCCCUCUGGGUUUGACAUUUUGCUAGUGGGGAGUCGGUAGUCUCAGUGUAGGUAGCUGCAUGCAGCAAUGCAAUUUUUUUCAGAGCUAGUAAAGCCUUUUUAUAUAUGGUUUCUAACUGAAAAACGAACUUAUAGUUUUCGAUUCAAAAGAAAACAAAACAAAAAAUCUGUUCCAAACCAUGUCCUGAUUAGCAUAAAUCAGUAAUGAAGCACUAAUUGCUUUUAAUGUCCCUCUGAUAUGCUUUUUUUACUGGAAAAUGGGGUUUAAGCUGUUAAUCUUUAUGUAUUGGAUAUUUAUCCUCUAGACAUUUACAAAUUCUAAAAUGAACAUCCAGUAUAAAUCUUCUUUUAUGAUACAGGCACUUUGUUCCUAAUAUCACCUUCGGACAUCCAGUGGUGGAAUGUCUAAGGACGCAGCUGGGAAAAGACCCGUUUUUCGGUAAGCUUUGAAGAUGUUACUGUCCUAAAAGUUGCGUUUGUACACAGUUUUAUACUUUUCAGCCUUACAGAGGAACUGUCAUCUCUUACGAUGUGUCGCAAUGUUACGUAUUAGUUAUGCAAAAGUAUUUAUUUUUUUUAAACUUGGAGAUGGCAAAGACAGAGCAUGACGUGAUGCAAAUUAUCGGUAUCCCAUGAUACAGUGUGAGUGGCACAUAAACACGCAUGCAAGCCGUGGCACCCUGGAUGUACUACCUGAUUCAAAUGCAGUUCACCUUGGUAAUUUAGCCAUUGAUCAACAGAUCCAGUUGGCUUUAAUUUAUAUUAGCUAUUUAUAUAGCUUUAAUGUAUAAGUUGCCGAUAGCUUCUAUGAAACUCGUGAACAGUAAAAAAAAAAACCUUCCAUAAACAUGCAGUAUACCAUUUCCAAAUUGUAAUUUCAUCUAUAAAAUUAAGCUGCUGUUUUCAACUCUCUUAUAUUUCCAUUCCCUUACAGUUGGGUACUUGGAGAAGUGUGAGUUGUUAUUUUUACAAACUAGAUCUAUGGUUAUUGCUGUCAGAGCCAUCACUACAUACACAGUAAUUUAGAAACAUUGACUUGCGUGAUCUGUCAUCAUGCUGCACAGCUCUCUUUCUAUAGUAAACCCUCACAUGCCUGGCACAUGAAGGGAUACAUGGUCCAAUGUAGUCCUUCAGAAAAUGUGUUUGUAAAAAAAAAAAAAAAAUGCCACUGUGGUUCUUUUAAAAAGACACUUUAUAUAUCAGUAAAUUAAAAUCCGUCAUGUAAGGUAAUGUCCUGCCACAUGCUGUAGCAUUCAGUGAGUUAAUCUGGUGAUUGCAUUGCUAUCCUUCUCCUAGGAUUGAAUGAGACCUUUUAGUAUAUUCUCAGUUCAGCGAUGAACAUAGUAAUAUAUGUGACCGCGAACCCCGUUCAUUCUGUUUGAAAAUAAUGACUACUUUAUACUUGCUGCUGUACAGAAAAUAACCCAUUAAAACAAAGUUCGACAAAUCCCAGGCGCCAGGUCGCCACGGCGACUAAUAAUUUUGCGAGGGUGCCUGGGAUUUAUCAACUUUUUAUUUAAAACUCCUGGCUGAGCAAAUAAUGGAGCCGGCUGUCCACCCGCGGGAGCAUGGAGGCGGCCGGCUAAGUAAGAAUUGUAGCAGGCGGCCGGCUAAGUAAGAAUUGUAGCAGGCCGCCCUAAGCUUCAUGGAGGCGGCCGGCUGAGUGAGCAUUGUGGCCGGCCGCCCUGGACUUCAUGGAGGCGGCCGGCUGAGUGAGCAUUGUGGCCGGCCGCCCUGGACUUCAUGGAGGCGGCCGGCUGAGUGAGCAUUGUGGCCGGCCGCCCUGGACUUCAUGGAGGCGGCCGGCUGAGUGAGCAUUGUGGCCGGCCGCCCUAAGCAUCAUGGAGGCGGCCAGCUCAGUGGAGCAUCCAGGCAGUUGGCUGGGACAGCGUGCAAGGGAGCAGCGAUCUUCCAGCGGAUCCACUCUGCUCCCUCACGCUGUUUAAUGAUGCCGGGAGCUGGAACGUGACGUCAUUCCCUGUCAGUGUGUGUGUGUGUAUGCCCCUGUCAGUGUGUUUGUGUGUAUGCCCCUGUCAGUGUGUUUGUGUGUAUGCCCCUGUCAGUGUGUGUGUGUAUGCCCCUGUCAGUGUGUGUGCGUGUGUGUCUGUUUAGGUACCUGCGAUCACGAUUGGUGUUUUUACUCGCCCUUUUUUUUUUUUCCCCACGAUGUGCAGGUUUUGCCGUGGCUUGUCCCGCCCCCAUUGCCGAGUUCAUCAAUCUUUAUGGUCUCAGCAAAGCCAAUGCUUUUCCAUAGGAAAGCAUUGGGAGGAUAUUGCGCAUGUUCUGUAUGGGUAACAUUCAGCACGUCCAUGCAGAGCACUGACACAGGACUCUCUAGUGGCCUUCUGAGUGACAGCCACUAGAGGUCUUAGUAGGCAGCAAUGUAAACACUGCCUUUUCUCUGAAAAUGCAGCGUUUACAUUGAAAAGGCUACAGGGACAGGCUAUAGGCACCAGAACCACUCCAUUAAGCUGUAGUGGUUCUGGUGACUAUAGUGUCCCUUUAAAAAAAAAAAGGCUCCUAACUUUUUUAGCUGACUCCUAGAUUCCAAACAAAUUUGUCAAGCCCUGCAUUAAAAACUUGGUUGAUAGCUCUACUAUGAGCUAUUAUUAUUAUUAUGAUAAUUAAAUAGCGCCAUCAAAUUCCGCAGCGCUUUACAAUGGGUGGACGAACAGACAUGUAGUUGUAACCAGACAAGUUGGACACACAGGAACAGAGGGGUUGAGGGCCCUGCUCAAUGAGCUUACAUGCUAGAGGGAGUGGGGUAAAAUGACACAAAAAGGUAAGGAUAGUAUUAGACUAGUGACAGUUGCAGAAGAGGAAUUAGUCAGGAGCUAUUAACAGUUUAAUUGUUACGCUUUUAUGAAGAAGUGGGUUUUUAACGAUUUUUUUUGAAGGAGUGGAGACUGGGUGAGCAUCUAACGGAGGAGGGAAGCGAGUUCCACAGGGAGUACGGACAGAAGAUAGACGUAAGUCUUCAGCAGAUCGUAAGGGCCUAGACGGGACAUACUUGUGUAUAAGGGGGGAUAGAUAGGUGGGAGCAGCAUUAUGUAGAGAUUUGAAAGCAAGAACCAGAAUUUUAAAUUGAGCUCUAUAUUUUAUAGGAAGCCAAUGUAGGGACUGACAGAAGGGUGAGCCAUGGGAGGUGCGGGCGGACAGGAAGAUGAGCCUCGCUGCCGCAUUCAUUAUGGACUGUAACGGCACAAGUUGCGAGCACGUAAGACCACUGAGAAGCGGAUUACAGUAGUCAAGGCGAGAAAGGACAGUGGAAUGGACCAACACCUUAGUCGCAUCUGGUGUUAAGAAGGGGCGGAUGCGCGCAAUGUUUUUGAGAUGGAAAUGACAGGAUUUGGCGAUAGAAUGAACAUGAGGCUUGAAGGAGAGGUCAGAGUCAAAGAGAACACCUAGGCAACGAGCCUGCAGGGUGGAGCUGAUGGUAACACCGUUGACUUGGAGGGAGACCGACACAGGAGUAACAACACUUGAGGGAGGAAAGACCAGAAUUUCAGUUUUGGUUAAGUUUAGUUUAAGGAAGUGGGCAGCCAUCCAGUUAGAAACAGCAGAGAGGCAGUCAGAGACACUAGUUAAGAGGGACAGAGAGAGAUCAGGAGAGGACAAGUAGAUUUGCGUGUCAUCUGCAUAGAAAUUAUAUUGGAAGCCAAAGAAGCUAAUGAGUUUACCAAGGGAGGCAGUAUAGAUGGAGAACAGUAGGGGACCAAGGACUGAACCAUGGGGGACACCAACAGAGAGUAGUUGGGGAGAAGAAGCAGAGCCAGAGAAAGAAACACUGAAAGAGCGCUGGGAGAGGUAGGAGGAGCACCAGGAGAGCAAUAUCUUGUAGAACGAUAUUGCGGAGGAUGAGAAGAAGCUGUUGAUGAUUAACAGUGUCAAAAGCCGCAGACAGGUCAAGGAGAAUUAGGAUAGAGUAGUGACCACGAGAUUUUGCAGCAAGUAGAUCAGUCUGGUUUCCACGCUAAGCACUGACCAAAGUAUCCAAUGAAGUGGGUCAGCAGAGAGUUGGACUCGAGGAAGUCUGUCAAUCUCGCAUACACAAUUCUUUCAAGGAUCUUGGAUGCAAAAGGCAGUAGCGAGAUAGGACAAUAGUUGGAUGGGGAGCUAGGGUCAAGAUUGGGCUUCUUUAGAAUUGGGGUUACAGUUGCAUGUGUUAUUAAAGCUUCCCUUUAAUAAUUUUAAAGGGCACACAGACCUAUGUGUUUUUGGCCAUUGUACUGAUUUUAUAAUGUUAUGUUACCAGCCGAUGAAUCAGCAGUUAGGCCAUGGUGGCCAGGAAAGUGUCAAACCAUUUGAAAAUGGUUUGACACUUAACAGUGAAAUUGAGCUUCGGCACCAUAAGCACUACAGCACUCCGUAAUGGUGGACAGUGCCCGUUUUAAUUAGCAAUGAAAGCUCAAAAGCAUGUCAACUUACCUGAUGAAAUUACCUUUUUCUCUACAGACAUGCAUAUGAUGGUUGCUAAGCCAGAGCAGUGGGUGAAACCGAUGGCAGCUGCUGGUGCGAACCAGUAUACUUUUCAUUUGGAGGCCACAGACAACCCAGGAGCUUUGAUUAAAGACAUAAGGGAGAGUGGUAUGAAGGUAAUCCAAGUACAUGUAAUGUUAUUGAAUGAGGGUGCUGUUUACUCCACUGACCUUUUCAGCAGAUUUCGAUAUGUAUCUCUUCGGAUUGACAUCUCAUACACUAUAUCAGGUGUCAGCUACCCUAUGACACUUAAGGUUCCUUUCCACGGCACUCAAGGCUGCCACAGCCAAACAGGCCCUGGCCUAUCAGGAGUCCCAGUGGGAUUUCAGAUAUCUGCUACAGAAAACUGAUUGGUAAUUACAGGUGGUGAGGGACAAUCCUCAUUUUACAAAUUGCAGCACUUAGAGGAAGUGAUCUCAUCACUUCCUUCCAGCACUUGUGAACGGGAAUCUGCACUGGAAUAGAGCAGACUGAAGCAGCUAUCGCAGCUCCUGCCCUUGACCUUUACCUGGCCAGCCCAGUCCUCACUGGUCCCAAGGGAAGACGGCCACACUGCUAAAGCUGCAGAAUAACAGCCCACAUAGUCCCCACAAACACAACACCAUUGACAAUCUACAUACACGCACACAACCCCAAAAGCAGCCUCUCACAUGCAAUACCGCAAGCAGACAACACAUACACAGUAUGACUUAUCCACACAAUUCCACAAGCAGCCCCCAUACACAGCCCACAUUCACAGGUAUUAUUCACAUUACCACAAACUACUCAUAAACAUAUACAAUAGAACAGCCCACAUACGCACAGAGGCAGCACCCAUAAAGAACGCAAGCAGAAUACAGCAACAUACACACCUCAAUUUAAAAAUAAAAUAGGACCAGCAUGCCAAGAGUCUUAAAGAUAUUGUUUUGGCACAGAACUAUUAAAAGGUUGCCUACCCCUGCCCUAUAUGGACAAAAGUACUGUGACACACCUCUUAAUUAUCGAAUUCAGGUGUUUCAAUCAGGCCACGAAUGAAUAAAAUCAAACAUCUAGCAAUGCAGGCUGUAUUUACAAACGUUUGUGAAAGCAAAUGGAUAGUUCUGAAGAGAUCAUUGAAUUCAAGCGUGGUACUAAGAUAGGGCGCCACCUUUAUAGUGGUAUUAUGGGAAAGUGGAAGCGUUUAAGAACAGCAGCACCUCAACCACAAAGUGGAAGACCACAUAAAGUUACAGAACGGGGUCACCGAGAGCUGAGGCGCAAAGUGUGUAAAAGUCGACAAUGCUCUACUAAUUCAAUAGCUGAAGAGUUUCAAACUUCCACUGGCAUUACUAUCAGCACAAAAACAGAGCAGCAGGAGCUUCAUUGAAUGGGUUUCCAUGGCCGAGCAGCUACAUGCAAGCCUCACAUCACCAAAUACAAUGCCAAGCGUCGGCCGCCACUGGACUCGGGAGCAGUUGAAACAAGUUCUGUGGAGUGACAAAUCAAACUUGUCUUUUGGCGAGUCUGGGUUGGGUGGAUGCCAAGUGAAUGCUGCCUACCUGAUUACAUUGUGCCAACUGUAAAGUUUGAUGGAGGAAGGAUAAUGGUAGGGAGCUGUUUUUCAGAAGUUGGGCUCGGCCCCUUUCAGUGAAGGGAAAUCCAGCAUACCAAGACAUUUUGGACAUUGCUAUGCCUCCAACUUUGUGGGAACCCUUUGAAGAAGGCCCUUUUCUAUUCCAGCAUUUAUGUGCCCCAGUGCACAAAGCAAGGUCCAUAAAGACAUGGUUGGAUGUGUUUGGUGUGGAAGAACGUGACUGGCCCACACAGAGUCCUGGCCUUUAACCCCAUUGAACACAUUUGGGAUGAACUGGAAUAGAGAUUGCAAGAUUUUCUACUGGGUGAAUGGGCAAAAUUUCCCAGAGAAACACUCCAAAUGUUUGUGGAAAGCUUUCCCAGAAGAAUGGAAGCUGUUAUAGCAGCAAAAGGGGGGACCAAUUACAUAUUAAUGUCCAUAUAUUUAGUUUAGAAUGUUGGUGUAAUGGUCCGGUAUCCCAAUACUAUUGUAUCCCAAUACUAUAUAGUGUAUGUGUGAUUUUGUUUUAGCCUUUUUAACCGUUCGCAAGUGAUUGCAAACGGUACAAACGCCUAGCAACUCCUGUUCUUGUGUCUAUGCCCCAGUGUUACACAUGGUACUACCAUAAAUGUUUCUGUCGUGGACCAAUGUGGGGAGUCACCUGAAUUCUCAUUAGUGAGUUUGGAAGAAAAGUAUGUUAGGGUUAUUAGUGAGAACUAUUGGGCAUUCAAAGAGAAUUUCACAUUUAAGGUCACAGUAGCCAAAUUGGAAACAUAGUUGAGUUGGAGAAUGUUUGUUUGUGUUUUUUCAGGUUGGCUAUUUUAGCUUUAAAUUUUAAAUUCACUUUCAAUUCUCACAAAUUCUCUCACAUUAAAUAACCCUGUUGGGCUAUUUGUGUUUAUUCAUUAUUCUGGGAAUUAUUCUGUAUUUUUUUUGAGCAAAAUGGCCUAAAACAUGCAGUUCCAUUGUUCAUUCUUAACGACUCUUUUAAGUAACUAACUCAACCACAUCCAAGCACAUGGACAGCAGGGGGCAGCAAGGAGCAUGACAGGAAGAAUGUAAGCUGCAGUACAUAUUAUUUUUACUUAACACUUUAUUUUUUCUUUUAUGUUUUGCAUGCAGUAAGGAAGAACAUUUGGAAUCAUUAUACACACGCGCACGCACACACACUCUACAUUCCAUGGUACACAAAACAAAGUGUUUUUCCUUUCAAUGAGGCUGCAUGCAGUGAUUAAAUUAGAGACUUGGUCUCUGGUGAAAUUUAGGUUUUGGUUUUUUUUGCACCCCAUAAGGACCAAACUUCUCGAAUAAAAGGGAAUCAUGACAUGUCACACGUCAUGUGUCCUUAACGGGUUAAAUCAAAUUCCGAUGUAUGAGAAAUAAGAGAUCAGUAGGACACACCUUUCUAUCUUUUAUACUUUUCUCAACAGUGCAUCAUAUUAGGUAAAAGUGGUAUUGAAUAUAAGAAAAAUACCUUGGCAAUUAAUGGACUUUUUUUUUUUUCCCUUUUCUUUUUUUUCCAUGUGCUCAAAAUAUGGCACUUUGGAUCAAUAAAGGCAGUGGUACUAAAUUAACAACAUUUUGACUUUUCUCCCCCAACACUGACAAAUGCAAAUAAAUAAAUAUAUUGAGUUUGUGUUUAGCUAGAUUUGCUAUGAUUUGCUUGCUCCACUCACUCCUGGAUUAUAUUGGAUAAAUGGCAUGGCAGUAAACAUACCUCUCUACACUCUGUCAUUAGAUCACCUCUACAUUGGACAUGGUUUUAUGUGACUGGUCUUUUUCUUCCAGGUGGGGAUUGGUAUUAAGCCAAAUACAACCGUGGAGUACCUUGCUCCGUGGGCAAGUCAGAUCGACAUGGCCCUUGUUAUGACUGUGGAGCCAGGCUUUGGAGGGCAGAAAUUCAUGGAAGACAUGAUGCCAAAGGUAAUCUAUGCCCAUUAUUUUUAUCCAGCAUAUUACAAGGGUAUUUACAUUUUCUUGACAAAUUAAAAAUAAUUCAAGUGAUUCUCUUAUCAAAAGUACUGUUUGUACAGUCUUUAAAAGUACCCACAUUCCUUCUAGAUUUUGCAAUGUGGGUUUACACUCUUUCAAUGAAUGAUGGUAAAAGUUGAACACAAUUCAUGUUUAACGUAGAAUAAGAAUUUUGUGAAGACCAAAAGCCAUGCAGGAAGACCAAUGCAAAUGUCAAGCCAUUCAAAAAAUGGUUUGAUUUAUUACCAUGGAGAGCACUAGGGGACAUCCGGCACCAUAACCACUCUAUUGCACUGUAAUGAUUUGUUUCUUUAAUCGUAUAUAAAUCUGUGCCUGCAGUCUAUGUAAAAUAAUGCUGUUUCUGAGCAGUGGCAAUGUUUGCACAUUGCCAAGAACACUCCUCUUGUGGCUGGCCGCUUCCUCAUUAAAGACGUCGCAAUUCAAAUCUUUUAAAAAAAUUUGAGUCCUCAUGCACAACACUGUGAAUUAGUCAGUGGCAUUUGAUAGGUCAAGUGCAGCAAUUGCCAAUUUCGGGUUACCGAUUUAGAAUAGCAGGACACAACAUUAAAUUGUACUCUUGCUCAAAAGUGGCACAGCGCAUCUACCCCCCUCGCUUUCUCAUGUUCCAUGUUCUCGGUAAAGGCUGAGGCACCACAGUAGACACAAGUAAUCCUUCAGGCUUCUUCACCGACGUGAAUUUCAACAUUGUAAUCUCUCUUAAAGCCCCUAAAUGGCAGUAUGAUUUUAUUUUUUUUCCUCUUUUCCACUCAGGUUUACAUUCUAAAAUGUAGCUGAGUCUUGUUACAAACUAAUCACAAGAAGGGAAGUGAUACCAAGUAACUGGGAGAGUAAGACUUGUGGUUUCAAAAAUCAAUUUUUAUUUAUUGGUUUGACAAAUCAAGAGCUAACCAUGACCACUAGUAUGAACUAUAGUGGUUGGGUUACUUAGUGUGUACAUUUAAUAUAUUAUCAGUUCAAUAACUGUAAAAUCUUUACAAUGUGUGUUAUACAGAGGGAGAGUAAAAUUCAGGAACCACUUAAUAUUACACUCUAGGCACCAUUUACAACUCAUCACAUUAAAGUGAUUAUGGUGCCUGGAUCUGUCCCACUAUUCAGUGUCACACUGUUCUCUACUAAUUUGACACAGAGGACUUUCCUUGUGUGAGCGAUCUGGUUAUGUCUAUGCUGUAUUCUUAAAGAAUUAACCUCGGUGUUUAUGUAAGAAUAAGACUUGUGUGCCCUACUGCUAGAUGCAGGUUAAUAGAAGUGGUUAUUUACAGUUUGCCUUAAAUAUGUUGCUUAAUAGUCAGGACCCUUCUGCAAAAAAAAAUAAAAAAUGAAAUGCCUUAAACUACAAAGACAAUUGAAAAACAUUUAUUCUUACUGGACGUCAUGUCUGGAACAAUGGAUCAACACUGACACGUUUUGUACUUUUACAGGUACUUCAUCACCUAAUUAUUAUUUUUCACAUUUACCUUUUUAUUUCAGGUACAAUGGCUAAGGUCGCAGUUCCCUUCAUUGGAUAUUGAGGUUGAUGGAGGUGUAGGACCAGAUAAUAUACAUAAAUGUGCAGAGGUGAGAACUACAGCUUCAUGGAUACAAUGCUUAUAUGGCUGUAUUUUCAUACUAAGUGGCUGCUGGGGUUUGUUAUCCCCUGCUUGUGAUGGUCAUCUCUGCUCAUAUUAUACUACAUUAUAUGUAUCUAGUUUUAGAUAACGGAUCCUGGCACCUUUCAAGAUUGAGAACAUUCUUACGCAUGGAUGUGUGAGAGAUUGGGCUUUGAACAUAAGUACCAUUUCAGUAACUUUCAACAUUUGACAAUGGACUGUUCACAGCAUUUUGCAUCUUAACUCUAGACCCUAUGUCCCAGCUCCCCCACUCUAAAAGACUUCCUUUUUGCCUACUGCCGUAUAACCAGAUAUGACCGUUCCAUUUAUACUUUUAUUUUUUUACUUUAUUUGCCCUUCAGUCUUAACUUUGCAGACACAGGUAGCUGUGAAAUCUGCUAUUCAGUCCCUACACACUAUUCAAGUAAAACAGCUGCCUGUUUGCUUGAAUAGCGUGUAGGGCCUGAACAACCAAUUGAAACACAGGUUAUUUGUAUUUGAGCUAGUAAAAGCAAAAUUUCUAAUAAACCUUUACAUCUUCAGGAUUGAUGGGUACACUGAAGACAGGCAUUGAGUUUUAGAGCCACAGGUAGCCUAUAGGCAGACAUUAUACCUUAUAUGCUGUGGCAUGAAGGUUGCAUAGAAUAUGUAUAAUUCAGAUACUUUCUCUUUGUACAGGCUGGAGCCAAUAUGAUAGUCUCUGGCAGUGCCAUAAUGAAGAGCGAUGAUCCUCGCACUGUGAUUAACCUGCUACGAAAUGCCUGUUGUGAAGCUGCUCAGAAACGCUCUCUGGACCGAUGAAGAGAAUGGAAAGCACAAUUAUUUUUGGCUCUGGCCAUACACUGUUCAGACUACUGUAGUGAGGAUCCAUUCCGAUUUCAAAGAAGCGGCUCUGGGACCAAGACCAGGGUGGACAGUAAUGAGAUGGAAUAACCUUGCAGGUUACAGAGACUGAUUUGAGGAACAGGAACUAGUGUUGGGUUUAUUUAGUAAACUGAGCAUUGUGGAGAAUUGACAACAGGGGUUUCAAAUUUUACACCAAAAUGUAGGGAGGAGGGGAGGGAGAGCGAAUGAGAAAUCAGGUUGUUUUUUUGGGGCGUUUUUCCUCCGCUUAGCUUCUUUGGUCUAAAAUGUCCAAUUUAUUUGUCAUUUUUCAAUAAUAUUUGGUUUAGUGACUAAACCUUCUUCCCUUUUGUCUUUACAUAUAGCAUUAGUUUGGAAACGGUUGGAAAUUGGAUUGAAGGGCCUGUCACCUGUGAGGUUUUAAUUAAAACAUCUUUAUUAACAAAUGCGUUUUGUUUGGGGGGUGGGGUGGGAUAAAAGUUUUUUUACAGGGACAGUAUAGGUACCAAAACAAUUUGUUUAAUAAAGCAGUUUAUAGUAUAGAUCCGGUUGGCUUAAGAAAAGUAGAUCCCCACAUGUUGUAGAACUACAAAUCCCAUGAUUUAUUACAUGCCUUUAGAAUGAGAAAAAGUUAAGGAAGCUGUAGUUUUAAAAUAUUCACCUUUUGCGCAUCCCUGGUAUACAUCGUGCCCUUACAGUCUCACUGCUUAAUUCUGUCAUUUAGGAGUUAAAUAACUGUUGAUACAGCCAUAGUCACAACUCCCUGCAUGUAACACACCAAUACUGCUUCAUUAAGCCUAAUAUCCUUAGGUUGUUACCAGUAAUUUUAAAAUCAAAUAUGUAAAGGUCUUUAGGUGUGUAAAUAUUAUCCAGUAAAUGUAAUUAACAUACUUUAAUAGAUAACCCCUUUUUUAAAGCUUUUUUUUUUGUUUUGCAGUCUAGAUUGUAUUACAUUCUUUAUUUUGGCAACCCAAUUGCUGUGCUGUAAUUAAAAGAAUAGGCCAUUAGUACUAACAAAGGUCAGAUUAUCAUGACUGCACAGACAGUCAUCAGGCCACAAAUUAAAUACCCUUGAAUUACAGUAACUAAUGAUACAAAUAAACAAUGGUGCUUAGUGUUGUAACAGUGCCAAAUUGGAUUAACUGGAGACCCCCCCACCCCCCCACCUCUCAUUUUGCAGUUUAUUUCAUAUUAUUUUUAAUUUAGACCUGUGUUAAAGACCACCACAAGCAUUUUUGUGAUAUCUCUGCAGUCUGCACACAGCGCCACAGGAGGGGGUUGCAUGCUACCUUAAUCAAAGUUAUAUAAAUGUACAUUGACCUUUCUCUAGUAAGGGAAUACGUGCAAUGGCUCUGUGAUUAGUAUUCCUGUACAGUGCUAAUUAAGUCAUAUGCAUUGUUAUAAAAGUGCUUUGCUGAUUGGGUGAUAAACACCUACCACCGAGUCACUGGAAAGACAAACAACUUCUGAUCUCCAAUUAAUUGAGAACACACUUAAACUACAGAAAUAACUUUAAUAUAAAAUAGAACACAUUGAAUAGUCCACAGUCUGGUUAAAAGACAAAAUUAGUCUCCUUUUCACCUAUGUUUUGCGACAGUGUAAUUAUACAAGGUGCCGAUGUAUUCUCCACUUGGGCUCAUUUCUACUGUAGUUUGAAGGAAUGGUAAUAUUAUAAACAGAUCAAAAAAGACCAAUAAAAUACUGCAGUGCAUCAGUUUACAGUGAUUCUAGAGCAGGGUUUAAAAACUCUGGCCUUGCUGAACUACAACUCCUAUGAUACUUGGGCUAUUUCUUUCAAAGAAUCAUGGGAGUUGAAGUUCAGCAACAUCUUGAGGGCCAGAGUUUGGAUAACCCUGUUGUGGAGCAAUUAUGACCAACCACAGCACCCUUGAUGUUUUAAGUACAAUAGCCACAAUUCUCAACCAAGCCCUUAGAGAGAGAGAGAGAGCAUGAUGGGAAAUUUAGCACACAAACCAAGGACAAUUACUGCUCCUGAGUAACUCUUCCUCCUGUCUUGUACCUUUUAAUAUACUCCUUUGUGAUACAUUAUUUAUAUAGUGCGAAAAUAUUCCACAAAGCUUUACAGUGUGGGGUCAAUACAGAACAAAGAAAUACAAACAACAAAUGCUAACAGGAACAAAAUGUGAAGACGGCCCAGCUUAAACAAGCUUACCAUUAAACUUAUUAAUUGGAAAUGUGGGGGAAUACUUUUAAACAAGUAAUAUAUGCACAGGCUCAUUAUCACCUUGUGUCUCCUUUGCAAAAUGCCCAGUAAUGCUGAACAAGUGUUAAUGUUUUUUUUGAACAACCAAAAAACACUAUAUACAAAUACACACUGAAUCCAUUUUCUUCUUCCUGCUUGCCUGCAGCAGCUAUUGGCAAGUACAACACAGAAUAGCAUGUCUUUGUAACCCCAGCCUGCAGGGUCAGAAGAAACAGUCUUUGGGUACAGGGUAGCUGAAAGGUCACUUGUAGUUUUUUGGCUAGUAGGUUCCGUGUGCAACCUGUAUCAGAAAGGCAAAGCACAAUGCAAAGAGGUUAUACGAGGCUGUGUAGACAGUAAAACAUUCAAGUACAAGUGUAUUGAUUAUAUUGAGUUUAAUGUUCUUUUUGAGAAAUGGGGUGCAAGUGUAUUAGUUGAAUGUGCAACUUCACGGUAAUUAGGACCCCUGCCUCUGGAAGCUUGUUUUUUUUUGUGUUUACUGUUUUUGUAAAAAUGCAGAAGUCCCUCUCCCCUAUGGUCAUCAUUCUACACUAGGAAGGGCCAAAAGGCAGCCCUUGUAAUGAUUCUUUGGACUGUCAAAGUUUCAUGGUUGUUUUAAUUCUGCAAUUGCUAGGAGCUACAUUUGGCCAGCUUUACUCUCCUACAUAUUAUCAAUUGGAUCACUAUGGCUUGGGCAAUAUAAUUCUUUGCCAUGUUUUUUUUAUUUUCUCUUUCUUUCAU